AUAGAACAGGUUAUGAGCCUUGGUUUCCUGAACAUUCUACAAGAGACAUUUAUAUAUCAUUAUUAGAACAAACUUCUCCACCAGCAACGGAACUACAACUAAAAGCUGCUUUAUUACGUCGAGCGAUGACUGAUGUUGAAAGAGUAAAAAAACUGAGAGAAGAUAAGCCUGCACUUUUAACUCUGGUACAAAAAGGUGCAGUGGGUGAUGAGUUAUGGAAUUCAUUUGUGAAGGCUGAACAAGAAAUACAAACUGAAAUUAUGGAAGUAUCAGCUGAGGCCAACACUUUUAAAGAUGAUUGGGGACAAACAAUAUUUCAGACAGCAAAUGAAAUGAUCCAUCAUCAAAAACACAAAGAAAUUCCUGAGAAAAUGAAAGAAUUAAAAGAGAAAGAAGAAAAAUUAUAUAAAAAAAGGGAGGAGCGAGAAAAAAUUGAAAUCGAGGAAAAAGAGAAAAGAGAAAAAUUAAGAACAGAAAAAGAACGUAAAAAAGCUGAAGAAGAAUUAUUAAGAAUGGAUGAGGCUGAAAAGAAAAAGGCUAAAAAAAAAAAUAAGAAAUAA